CAGCGGUUCCCCCGCCCGGCGGUACGGUACAGUACAGCGCAGCGCCCGGCUCGCAGGGCAAGGUGCGGCGGUGGGAGGGGGCGGCGGUCGGCGCGGAGCGGAGCGCCGCGGGGAAGCCCAGCGAUGGUGCAGCAGGCGGAGAGCGCGGAGAGCGAGAGCAACCUGCCCCGGGAGGCGAUGGACACCGAGGAGGGCGAGUUCAUGGCUUGCAGUCCGGUGGCUCUGGACGAGAGCGAUCCGGACUGGUGCAAAACGGCGUCGGGGCACAUCAAACGACCGAUGAACGCUUUCAUGGUGUGGUCUAAGAUCGAGAGGAGAAAAAUCAUGGAGCAGUCGCCGGACAUGCACAACGCGGAGAUUUCCAAGCGCCUGGGCAAGCGGUGGAAAAUGCUGAAGGACAGCGAGAAGAUCCCCUUCAUCCGUGAGGCGGAGAGACUGCGGCUCAAGCACAUGGCCGAUUACCCCGACUACAAGUACCGGCCCAGGAAAAAGCCCAAAAUGGACCCCUCGGCCAAGCCCAACGCCGGCCAGAGCCCCGAGAAGAACGCUCCCGGCGGCGGCAGCAAGAGCGCCAAGAGCUCGGGCAAGAAGUGCAGCAAGCUGAAGGCCGCCGCCUCCUCGCCCCCCAAGCCCGGCGCCAAAGCCGCCCCGCACGGGGACUACGCGGGGGACGAGUACGUCUUCGGCGCGCUGAAAGUCAGCAGCAAGGCGGUCAAGUGCGUCUUCGUGGACGAGGAGGAGGAGGACGAGGAGGACGAGGACGAGCUGCAGCUGCGGAUCAAGCAGGAGGCGGACGACGAGGAGGAGGACGAGGAGCCGGGCCCGCAGCAGCUGCGGCGGUACAACGUGGCCAAAGUGCCGGCCAGCCCCACCUUGAGCUCCUCGGCGGAGUCCACCGAGGGGGCGAGCCUCUACGAGGAGGUGCGGGGCGCGGCGGGCGGCGGCAGACUCUACUACAGCUUCAAGAACAUCACCAAGCAGGGCCCGCCGCCGCCGCAGCCGCCCGCCGGCCUCUCGCCCGCCUCGUCCCGCUCCAUCUCCACUUCGUCGGCCGGCAGCGAGGAGGCGGACGACCUCCUCUUCGACCUCAGCCUCAACUUCUCGCAGCACGGCCACGCCGCCGCCGAGCUGGGGGCGGGGGCCGCCGCCGGCAACCUCUCCCUCUCGCUGGUGGACAAGGACCUGGACUCGUUCAGCGAGGGCAGCCUCGGCUCCCACUUCGAGUUCCCCGACUACUGCACCCCGGAGCUGAGCGAGAUGAUCGCGGGCGACUGGCUGGAGGCCAACUUCUCCGACCUGGUGUUCACGUACUGAGCGGGCGGAGGCGGCGACGGGAGCGGCGGACGCCGGCGGUGGUGAUGGUGAUGAUGAUGAUGAUGAUGCUUAAAAAAAAAAAAGUCUUCUUUAAAAAAAAAAAAUCCUGAUGUUAGUUCCGAGCCCGGGAGUUGUGAUUUUUUUUUUAAUUUUUAAUUUUUUUGUGUGUUUUUUAUUUUUGUUACAUUUGGUGAUCACAACAACAACAGCAAAGGCAAAUGGGACUGGGGGAAAAAAUGCUACAGAAGGCGCUGUUCGAAGCUUGGCGGUCUCUGAUGGAAGGCUGGAAGAUGGUCUGCGAAGAAGUCUUUUGGCAGCACAACUGUUACUCAAGGGGGUUUGUGGAUUUUUUUUUUUUCCCGUGAGAGAUCUUAAAGAACUGUUCUGAUUUUUUUAAUUAUUUUUUAUUUUUUCCGAAAGGGACCAUUGCAACUCUUUUUUUUUUUUUUUGGAGGGAGAAAACUGAUGUCUUCUAUGCAUCCGAUUCUUAACAAAGCUGCAGGGAGCUUGAAAAAAUGCAGACUGUACAAACGCUUACAAAUAACUGAACUGACUUAAGAUCAGAGUUUACUUUUCAGAUCAAAUUGUUUAUGGUUUUACAAAUGUGAUUUCUACUUGCCAACUUUUUUUUUUGUAACUUGUUCCCUUAUACCUCCUUGAUUGAAUACCAGACAGCCUAGACCUCAGUACAAAAAGGUAUUGAAACAUUUUUGAUACAUAACAGACCUCAGUCUUUUUUAAAAAUUAAUAUAUUUUCAGGCGUAUUUUUGUACAGUGAAAAGGGAACAUUCUUGCUGUGUUUUUUCAGUAAGACUUUUCAGGCACUUCUUCCCUUUUAUUUUCUUUUUUUUCCUCUGUUUUUAGCAUGCAAGUUUGUUGGUACGUUACGUCCUGGUUUUAAAAGGAUUAAAAUUUUAAAAAAAUAAUCCUUGCAUCUAAAGGCCUUGUGGUUUAAAAAAAAAAAAAAGAAAAGAAACAAACACUUUUUUUUGUACAGCUAUAGUUCAGAUUUGUUCAAUAUUUGUAGGUAAAGAUUUAUUGAAAAUGGUGAUAUAGACCUCAGAGCUGUUAUCUUAGUUUAAAAGAUUGUAUAUGUACUGUACUAUAGUAGGACUUUAUGUAUCUCAUACGCUGUGAUAUGUGGAUGGGGCCCCAGAUGGAAGGUAUGAAACUGGAUUCUCGAUUUUAGCAAAAAAAAAAAAAAGAAAAAAGGCACAUAGUUAAAAAAAAAAGUUUCUCAUGUUGUGCAA